AAACACUUUAAACCUGACCAGCUAAAUGGAUAAACCUAGCCUGCAUAGCUUUUAAACUGGGGUCUCAUACAGCACAGGAGGCCUACUUGCUUCAAGAACUGAAAAUCCAGAGGAUGAAUUGCUUUAUCUGGGAAUGGCAAAAGACAGCACAAUAAGGAAUGCCAGUUUGUAUGGGGCUACUAGCUCACAUGCGGGAUCAGAAUGGUGUGAAUGACAGCCGCACUGUGUCAUGAAGGUGGUGGUGGUUUCAACACCAGAGAACAAAUAAGAAGAAAGCUGAGACAGGGGGAAAACAUUUUUGGAUGACAAAGGAUGGGUUUCCAUUUAAUUACUCAGCUGAAAGGCAUGAGUGUGGUUCUGGUGCUACUUUCAACCCCGCUGCUUGUUAUGCUUGCGGGGGCUCAGAGAGCUUGCCCGAAGAACUGCAGAUGUGAUGGCAAAAUUGUGUACUGUGAGUCUCAUGCUUUUGCAGACAUCCCUGAGAACAUUUCUGGAGGGUCACAAGGCUUAUCAUUAAGGUUCAACAGCAUUCAGAAGCUCAAAUCCAAUCAGUUUGCCGGCCUUAACCAGCUUAUAUGGCUUUAUCUUGACCAUAAUUACAUUAGCUCAGUGGAUGAAGAUGCAUUUCAAGGGAUCCGUAGACUGAAAGAAUUAAUUCUAAGCUCCAACAAAAUUACCUAUCUGCACAAUAAAACAUUUCACCCAGUUCCCAAUCUCCGCAAUCUGGACCUGUCCUACAAUAAACUUCAGACACUGCAAUCUGAACAAUUUAAAGGCCUUCGGAAACUCAUCAUUUUGCACUUGAGAUCUAACUCCCUAAAGACUGUGCCCAUAAGAGUUUUUCAAGACUGUCGGAAUCUUGACUUUCUGGAUUUGGGUUACAAUCGUCUUAGAAGCUUAUCCAGAAAUGCUUUUGCUGGCCUUUUGAAAUUAAAGGAGCUUCACUUGGAGCACAACCAGUUUUCCAAGAUCAACUUUGCUCAUUUUCCACGUCUCUUCAACCUCCGUUCCAUUUACUUACAGUGGAACAGGAUUCGCUCCAUUAGCCAAGGCUUGACAUGGACUUGGAGUUCCUUACACAACUUGGAUUUAUCAGGGAAUGACAUCCAAGGAAUUGAGCCGGGCACAUUUAAAUGCCUCCCCAAUUUACAAAAAUUGAAUUUGGAUUCAAAUAAGCUUACCAACAUCUCACAGGAAACUGUCAAUGCAUGGAUAUCAUUAAUAUCCAUUACCUUGUCUGGAAAUAUGUGGGAAUGCAGUCGAAGCAUUUGUCCUCUAUUUUAUUGGCUUAAGAAUUUCAAAGGAAAUAAGGAAAGCACCAUGAUCUGUGCAGGACCUAAGCACAUCCAGGGCGAAAAGGUUAGCGAUGCAGUGGAAACAUAUAAUAUCUGUUCUGAAGUCCAGGUGGUCAACACAGAAAGAUCACACCUGGUACCCCAAACUCCCCAGAAGCCUCUUAUUAUCCCCAAACCUACCAUCUUCAAACGAGAUGCCACCCACCCCACUCUUGAAACAGCAAGUCCAUCCCCAGGGUUUCAGAUUCCUGGCACAGAGCAAGAGUAUGAGCACGUUUCAUUUCACAAAAUUAUUGCAGGGAGUGUGGCUCUGUUUCUCUCGGUGGCCAUGAUCCUCUUGGUAAUCUAUGUGUCUUGGAAACGGUACCCAGCCAGCAUGAAACAACUUCAGCAGCACUCUCUUAUGAAGAGGCGGCGGAAAAAGGCCAGAGAGUCUGAAAGACAAAUGAAUUCCCCUUUACAGGAGUAUUAUGUGGACUACAAGCCUACAAACUCUGAGACCAUGGAUAUAUCGGUUAAUGGAUCUGGGCCCUGCACAUAUACCAUCUCUGGCUCCAGGGAAUGUGAGGUAUGAACCAUGAUCCUCCUAAAAGCAUUUCUACUGCGGGGAAGGAGAGGUAAAUGUUUGAAGCUCUAGAGGUGUCUCUAAUCACUAGAAAGAUUAAUGACCUUUUUGCUUUUGGGUUUUGCUCAGUGUGAAAGGUUACUUAAUUAAAUUACAACCACCAGGAAAUUGACUGCUCUUUUUUUUUUUUUUAAAUGGUUGAAACUUGAAAGAAAUUCAUUCAAGGAUGAGAUUAAGUUGGAAUAAAGCACUAUGUUAAAACAUCUGUUUUUUUUAACAGUUUGUAUACAGGGGUUGGACUUAAAAACACACAUAUACACAAACAAAAGUCUUUUCAUUCUGAAAUUUCUGUUGUUCUUGGUGUUUGGCUUUUGUAAUGGAGUAAAAAUUGAGGGGCCAGUUUAAUUUAAAAGCAAAGUGAAUUUACCAAAAUUUCAGGAGGUAACAAGAUUUAAACCAAAGAGCAAUUUACCCAAGGUUUGAUUUUUGUUGUAAAUUUUUAGUUUUAAUUAAAGCAUGCAACAGGGAUCUCACAGACAUGUCACUUGCCAUUUAGUUAUUAUACCAGCAUAGAGAAUGUCUAAGGUCUACUGUGGAUUUGUAUCAAGCUUUUUAG